GUCGUCCACAACCGCCAGCCAUGUCCCGGCCCACAGUCCACCGCUUUUCGCUCGCAGUCCGCAGCUCUUGGUCACCGGGGCUUGCUUCCCAUUCGUCAAACACAGAUCUUCAUGUUGCCGGAUUUGGCAAAGACCAGGGCGCCUGGGUCUCGACCCUCGCUUUCCAGCCUCCCUCCGGGCCAUCUGCUUCUCCAGCGCAACCCUCCGAUCUCCCAACGAGCUUCCUGCAGCGUCGACAUGACCUAUCCUGACGACCAGCUGCCUGAUAACCCAACUGAUGCUGGGGAGGACACCGUCGUCCUCACCGCACAAGAGUUCCUCGAAGCACAGGAGCGGCUCGAGCAGGAAGCUUCCGAAGUUCUCCCCAAGGCAUUUGAUCACUGCUCUUUCAGCGAGGGAUACGUUUCUCAGAGCGUCUACGCCUGUAAAGACUGCUCCAUGAAGGACGGGGCUCUGGUCGAUGCCGGCUUUUGCUACGGCUGUUUCAUAUCCUGCCAUACCACCCAUGAGGUUGUGGAGCUCUUCAACCGCCGUCACUUUCGCUGUGACUGCGGCACCUCCAAGAUCGGCAACAAAUGCCUGCUGAUGGAAAAGAGCCCUUCCGCCAGCAACAGCGAAAACAAAUACAAUGACAAUUACAAGGGCAUAUUCUGCUGGUGCAAGUCCGAAUACGAUCCUGAGAAGGAGGCCGGCGUGAUGCUCCAGUGCAUUGCGUGCGAAGAUUGGUUCCACGAUCGCUGCAUAGGAGAGCUUCCUGACGAGGACAGCUUUGAGGACUUUAUUUGCCGAUCGUGUGUCGCCAAGAUGCCCUUCCUUCGGUGGUACCAGUCGAAGGAUGCAUAUGUGUUUUCCCCGCAAGCAUCCGAUCUGCAGUCCGCCCAAGGUGCAACUCAAGAGGCCGUCAAGCAGACUUUGCAUGGAGCCCCCGAUAUUGACGACCCUGUUGAUGGCGAUAAAAAGAGGAAGCCGGAAUCGGACCUCGACGACAGCGUGGCCAAGAGAGUGCGAUCGUCGUCAAUAGAGCCCAAUGCGACCGAAACAGCACCCUCGGAUCCUCUGGCAACAUCUUGCUCGGGCUGCGCUGUUCCCGAAUCAGCCAAACUCGAGCCUCCGAUCGAGACCGAUCUGUUUUGUGUGGCAGGGUGGCGAGAUAAGCUCUGCCGGUGUGAUGAGUGCCGGCGCCGAUACGAAGAAUUCAACGCGAUGCAUCUCAUCACGACCGAGCGGUCUUGGGAGCCCCCCGAAGAUGAAGAGGCUGGCUCCUCCUUGAUGGACAUGGGCAUGCGCCAACUCAACCGAAUCGACCGAGUGCAGGCCAUCGAUGGCGCUCGCGCCUAUGUCGAUCUCAAAGAAGGCAUCAUGAACCAUCUGCGGCAGUUUGCUGGCACCGAUCACGUCAUCACCAAGGAUGAUAUCAUGGCAUUUUUCGAGGCGAAGCUGCAGGGACGCAAGUGCGACUGAGAAACGCCUGUGGACUUGAUCAAUUGAAGGCCUGUCGCUCCCAUGUCCGAGGCCUGCCCUUUGUGCUCAUCGACGACUCUCCGUUCUUGAUCGUCGCUCGAGCCAGUUCUGUUCAAUGGCAAAAUAUAGCAGCGCCUGAACAGCCGCCGCAUCAGAGGGCUGUCGCCUUCUUGUCUGAUCCUCCCUCAGAAUUCAGAAAUGGCAAGGCUCUGAGC